AUGUUCCUCGCUCAUCGAGUCGACGUCACCGAAGCCCUGGAGGCCGAGGGUGAUCAUGUGCUUCUCAUCGACUUUGAUUGUGCCAUGCUGCGAGCCAAGGAGCUCCGAGACCAGGACCCCAAGCACAACUGGGCUUCCUUCAACGGCGAUCCGGCCCGACUAGCCGUUCGUAAAGCUCAGUAUCACUGGGGCUGGGACUGGGGCCCAGUGCUGAUGACUGCGGGCAUCUGGCGAGACGUUCGGCUGGAAGUAUACUCGGCAAGAAUAGCGGACCUCUGGACGGACGUAGAUCUUGCUGCGGAUCAUCAGCAUGUGCAGAUUGAUGCCUACGCCGAGGUUGAUGCCACAGAGAACUCUUCCUUCCGAGCCAUCUUCACCUUGAGUAAAGAUGGUAAGGAGAUUGCUCGGCAGGUCCUCACGCCCGACAACAAGGUCGCCAAAGUGACAUUCGAAAUCGAUCAACCAAGCCUCUGGUGGCCAAAUGGUUACGGAGACCCAAAUCUGUACGAGGUCUCUGUGUUCUUGGAGAAGGAUCAAAUUGAACUGCACCAUGUCUCGAAGAAGAUUGGCAUAAGAACGGCAGAGGUCGUUCAGCGGCCAGACAAACACGGCAAGUCGUUCUUCUUCCGAAUCAACGGAGCCGACGUCUUUUGUGGUGGCUCGUGCUGGAUCCCGGCGGACAACCUCUUGCCUAGCAUUACCCGUGAGCGCUAUCGGAGCUGGAUUGAACUUAUGGUCGCUGGUCGCCAAGUUAUGAUUCGGGUUUGGGGCGGCGGUAUCUACGAAGACAACAAUUUCUACGAAGCAUGCGACGAACUUGGUGUGCUUGUAUGGCAGGACUUCAUGUUCGGCUGUGGCAACUACCCGACCUGGCCCGAGCUGCUUGAGUCGAUCGAAAAAGAAGCCGCCUAUAAUGUGCGCCGGCUGCGACAUCAUCCGUCUAUUGUGCUUUAUGCUGGAAAUAACGAGGACUACCAAGUACAAGAGUCGGCAGGUCUGACCUAUGACUUCGAGGACAAGAACCCGGAGAAUUGGCUGAAGACGGACUUUCCAGCUCGGUACAUAUACGAGAAACUGCUUCCAGAGGUGAUGGAUAAACACUCUCCACGGACAUUCUAUCAUCCCGGAAGCCCAUGGGGAGAUGGGAAGAAAACGUCCGAUCCGACAGUAGGAGACAUGCAUCAGUGGAAUGUCUGGCAUGGAACGCAAGAGAAAUACCAGAUCUUCGAUACCCUCGGCGGACGGUUCAACAGUGAGUUCGGCAUGGAGGCAUUCCCUCACCUAUCGACCAUCAACCACUUCGUCGAGCACGAGAAAGACAAGUACCCGCAGUCGCAUGUCCUCGACUUCCACAACAAAGCUGACGGGCAUGAGCGGCGUAUUGCUACAUACCUGGUGGAGAACCUAAAGACAGCUACAGACUUGGAGACCUACACCUAUCUCACGCAAGUUGUCCAAGCUGAGACCAUGAUGUUCGGGUAUCGAGGGUGGCGUCGGCAGUGGGGCGAUGAGAGACACUGCGGCGGGGCUUUGCUCUGGCAACUCAACGAUUGCUGGCCGACUAUCUCAUGGGCUAUUGUGGACUACUUCCUGCGACCCAAGCCGGCAUUCUACGCUGUGGCACGCGUAUUGGCUCCGUUGGCCGUGGGCGUCCGACGCGAACAUCAUGAUUGGAGCGUUACGCAUGCCCAGCCUCCGAAGACGAGUAAGUUUGAGCUCUGGGUUGUUAGCUCUGCUCAAGAGGAAAGGACAGGAACGGUGGAACUCGGAUUCCUCUCCAUCAACGAUGGUCAGGAGGUUAGGGAAAAGGUGGUCCACGAGAACAUCACCAUCCAGCCGAAUGGCACCACCAAUCUUAUCGUGGACGGUCUGAUUGAUUAUAAGAAGUAUCCCGAGCCACACGUGCUGGCUGCCCGCUUGUGGGUCGACGGGCAGAUUGUCGCAAGGGAUGUGGACUGGCCUCAGCCGUUCAAGUACCUCGAUUUCUCGGAACGGGGGCUUGUGGUGGAGAAGAUCUCUGAGACAGCUGAGCAGCAGACGUUGAAGAUCAGCGCGCAGAAGCCGGUGAAAUGCUUGGUGUUUGAAGAGCGGGAUGGGGUCAAGAUCAGCGACAGCGCUAUGGACAUUAUCCCCGGUGAUGAUCAGACUGUCACGGUCCGGGGGUUGAAGGGGGGUGACUCGCUGAAUGGUCUGUCUCCUACACAAGCUUCUGUUCAGUAUCCAAAUGUUCCUAUCGUUCAAAUAAGUAUAGCGAUAGCGAUCUUAUCAGAUAAGCCGAAUCACCCCAAAGCAGAAGUGCCCCACACCGCAGAAAUGACAUCGACGGCGAGCGCGUUGCAUCCCCUCCCUCCCUCUCCCCCUCCCCCUCCACCUCCUCCACCUCCUUCACCUCUCAAACCCCUCCCAUCUCCCAUGGCCGGCACAAAACGCACCUGGGACGGCCAACCCCUCGAAUCCGCAACAAUGACCUCCGCUGCCCCAGCCCCAGUCUCAGUCCAAAGCAUGUUCGAAACCUUCCGCAACGAACUAGACGAACACCACGACCGACGCGAGCGCCUAAUCAAAACCAGCCGCGACAUCACAGCUCUCAGCAAGAAGAUAAUCCGCACCCCCGCCUCCCCCCUCCCAGCCCCCAUCGCAACCGAGACAAACCAACGCUUCACGCAAAUCACGCACCUCUUCGAAUCCACCCUCCCCGACCUCGCCACCCUGCACCGCCACCGCUACCAGCGCCAACUCAGCGGCGCGAUCCAGGAGUUCAUCGAAGCUCUCUCCUUCCGCCACUACCUGACCACCCAGACCCUCAUCACCAUGCAGGAAGUGCGGGCACAUCUACCGGAAGGCAUCCCGCUCACGGAGGAGGAUUACCUGAUGGGGAUUUUCGAUCUCACCGGCGAGGUGAUGCGGUUUGCGGUGACGGGGUUGUCGACGGCCACUAUUGACGAUGCAGAUCAUCAUAAUACUGGGAAACGGGAAGGAGAGGGGGAGCGGGAGGGAGACGGCAAGAAAAUCCACCUCCGCCCCGAGCAAAGCGCCAUCGUCGUGGAUCUCCGGGCGAUGCGGUCGGCCAUCGAGCUCCUGAGUAUCCCACGACGGCAUGCGGGAUCCAUGUUCCGGGAUAUCGGCCGGAAGACGGAGGUGAUGCAGGGGUCUGUGGAGAAGGUGGAGCGCGCGGCGUAUGGGAUCCUGGUGCGCGGGAGUGAGCGGCCCAAGGGCUGGAGGCCGGAUUUAGGGGCGGCGGGUGAGGAUUCCUAUUGA